CGCUGUCCGAAUGACCUCAUCGAUUAGUCCUGGAUCCGCCGCAGCUGGUGUAUGUAUAAAGACAUUCCUCGCUCGAGGCCAUCCACCGAAUCAGGCACUAGGAGUAGUGGACUCUUUCCGGCGGUCUCUCCUCCCCAGCUUAGCUUGUUCGUUCGUGUCUUCUUGGAAUCAUCAUCAAUGGCCAGCCGCGGCACGGCGAUGGCGUUAUUGUUGCUGUCGCUUGGGAUCAUUGGCGUCGCCCGCGGCCAGCUGCAGGUGGGGUUCUACUCCGACUCGUGCCCGGACGCCGAGGACACGGUCGCCGCCGCCGUCCAGGACGCCGCCGCCGGCGACCCCACCAUCCUCCCCGCGCUGCUCCGCCUCCAGUUCCACGACUGCUUCGUCAGGGGGUGUGACGCGUCGGUGCUGAUCAGGAGCGCGAGCAACGACGCCGAGGUGGACAACGCCAAGAACCAGGGCCUCCGCGGCCAGGACGUGGUCGACGCCGCCAAGGCGCAACUCGAGGACCAGUGCCCCGGCGUCGUCUCCUGCGCCGACAUCAUCGCCCUCGCCGCGCGCGACGCCGUCGCCAUGGUGAUCGAUCCAUCAACAAAUUCAAUUCAUGAAUUCAAUCAAGCCCACGUGCACAUACACUUUGUGCUGUAUCUGUAUGUGUUUAGCUUGCUGACUGACACACCUCACUGCACGCCAUACAUGAUACAUCGUCAGACGGGCGGGCCGUCGUUCGACGUGCCGACGGGGCGGCGCGACGGCCUGGCUUCCAACCUCCGCGACGCCGACGUGCUGCCGGACGCCGCCGACUCCAUCAGUGUGCUCCGCUCAAGGUUCGCCGCGGCGGGUCUCGACGACCGCGACCUCGUCCUCCUCACGGCGGCGCACACGGUGGGCACCACGGCGUGCUUCUUCGUCAAGGACCGGCUCUACGGCUUCCCCCUCCCGGGCGGCGGCGGCGGCAGGACGGGGUCGGACCCGUCGAUCCCGGCGCCGUUCCUGGCGGAGCUCAAGGCCCGCUGCCCGCCGGGCGACUUCAACACGCGGCUGCCGCUGGACCGCGGCAGCGGCGGCGCCUUCGACGACUCCAUCCUCCGCAACAUCCGCUCGGGGCUCGCCGUCAUCGCCUCCGACGCCGCGCUCGCUGCCGCCAACGCCACCCGCGCGCUCCUCGACGCGUACCUGGGCCCCGCCGCGGGCAGCUUCCAGGGGGACUUCGCCGCCGCCAUGGUCAGGAUGGGCAGCAUCGGCGCCAUCACCGGCGACGACGACGCCGGCGAGGUCAGGGAUGUCUGCUCCGCCUUCAACACCAACUGAUCUGAUCAUCCACGCAUCAUAUCGUCAUGCAGCGGUGACAUAGAGAGAGAUAAUUCAUAAUUGUUUUGUGUGUACAUUUGUUGAUUUCUUGAUGAGUCGAUUGGUUUUCGAUCGAAAAUUUGACCACAAAUUCACAAGAGAUAUUGUGGUUACUUGAAAAGGAGGGCAUGCACAUGGAGGAGGAACUGUGCGGUGGAAUUGAUUGAAAACUUUUGUUGCAGCGAUGCGAUGCAAGUACACUGCAUCUGCAUGCAUGUGAGGAUUUAUUAGUAGGAGCCGGUACUGUGCGUGCCGUGCGGGCACGGGUGUCCUGAAAAAACGGUGAUAAAUUGGCAAGUU